AUGAGCAUCGACAGUGAUUUCCUGGCGAGUGUCGAGGUGAAGGAGGACGAUCUUCACGGCAACGUGUUGAUUGCGGUGACAGAGAUCGAGCAGGGCAGGACAAUUGGAGUCAUUGACAAGGUUUGUGUGCGGGUUGUGGUCCUGAAGUCUGACUUGGAGCCCUCGAAUCAUUUUACAUGGAUCCUUUGAAUCUACAGUAAUGUAUCCUCUCAUCAAUUAAAGUCGGUUAGACAGUCAGUAUUUAGUCCCGGACACACCAGGUGUUCCGAUUUGUUAAUGGUAAUGACGGUGUUCACUACCACCGAUCCUGGUCGCCGUCGGACGCCUGUCAAGGUUAACUAAGUGGGGUGACACAGGCCAGGUGUUGUCUUUUUCGCCAGAAUUUUUGAGAAGCCUCACUCCUAGCCGGAGCGGCGAACACAUGGCGCCAAACAUUUUGGUGUGUGUGUGGACACAUAAUUGCGGUUUUGGAGAAGAAGGUGGCCAGGCUUUUCAAAUGAUCGAAGGACGGACGAUCGGGAGGUGGUGUGGGAACCACGCGAGUAUCAAAAUGUUUGGCAAGGUGGACGGAUCGUGGGAACAACCGCUAUUGGAUCUUUUCAGUCAACUUCUUCUAGCCUUAUCAUGUAGCUUUCACAAACUUUGUCCAAAUCAACCCUUUCCUCGUCGCCUCUAGACGUGGUGCAUCGACCAAACUUCGUUGUGAUCCAUCCGACUACGGUAGCCAGAUUCCACCUCGUCAUCAUUGAGUUACGCGCUUGUUUAUCUCUCCGCGCACGCCGACUGAUUGGCUUAUCACACUCGUAGAAGAUUGGCGGAGCCUUCUCUCUCUCUCUCUCUCUGCCAAGUUGAUUGGAUGCGAAAGCACCUGCUCCGCGAGUCUGUGGGAAAAUUAGAUUCCAGAAAAGGUGUGCGCGGCUCACUCACUCACUCACUCACGCACGCACAGCUUCUUAUUAGAUAUUGAUGGGUUUGUGUUUGUGGCUCGACACACCUCAACAACACCUUUCCUCAUCCAUUUUUCGCGGGGGGACUUUUUUCGAGCAACGAUAAUAGUUGGAUAAUAGUUGCAGGCGACGCCGAAUGACUCGAACGCGCUGCUCAUUUUGAACCUGAUCAAAGAGGCGGAUGAUGGCGAAGACGCGAACGUUUGCAUGAGGAACAUUGAGACGAAGGUGAGUGCGAUCGGGGGAGGCACCAAAAUAGCGCCAGGGCACGAGAAUUGCGUCAAUCGGUUUUCUAUCCGCUUGUUAUCACGGAGAGUAACUCAAUUAUCGGCUAAGGCAUCAAAAAUGAUAUGGGAAAGCCGGUUUUGUACUUUCUUGGGGGACCUAACUUUCUCAUGUACCCCCCUCCCCCAGUUCUUCUAAAUCUCGAAGGUACCUAGAGAAUCCAAUGUCUAUUGGCUAAUGCCAGGCAACUUUUACAACUAUUUCUAUCCUCAUAGAUGCUAACUAUGAAUCCCAAGCCCUUCCAGAACAUUCUUUGAACCUCUUAUGCUCAUCCCGUGACCUAACUUUCCAACCGAAGACCUAGAAUCUCAACAACCUAUUUUCGAACUUGCAGACCUUUCUGCAAACGUCGAAACUGAUCGACAGCGGCGAACGUCUUCUGCUCCAGCGGCUGUCGGAAGAGGAGUGCGACGAGGAAGAAGAGGAGGAGGAGGAGGAGGAGGAGAGCGGUGAAAUCGAGAAUCUGAUAAUGUUGAAGGAUGGCGAGAGGUGAGCGCGGGGCGAAAAUGAAAACGCGAGGAAACUGGUUCGGUUCGGUUCAGUCCAUCUCUGGAACGGAUGGAGAUGGGGAUCUUCACCGCCCGAGAAAGACGCCUCCGACCUACUUCUUCCCCCUCGCUUUUUGGUUAAUAAAGAGGAGGAACGGCGAAGGGGGAAAGUAACGGAUUUCCGAUAAGAGCACAUCCAGGGCGCGAAGGGGGGCAUUUGAUUUGCAUAUAGAGGAAGAAUGGGAAGCGCGCCGCCUCUCUUCUCGAUGACAAAUUUCCAGUGUCCGGGCGUCAGCUUUCAUCUUUUUCCCACAUCUCUUUUUUGUCAUGCCAUGCUUGAAGAAUUGAACUGAUUUAUUUGAGUUUAUAUCUCGAUACAGUAGGUGGCCUAGCUUUUUCACCGCACAAAGUCCAGGCCAGCUGAAAUCAUAGAAUCUAGCUGGGCCACCAACUUUCCAAAUAGAGAAACCUAGGCCAUCAUCACUCGAUGGCCGCCUAACACUUUUUGCAAUUUUCAGGCCGGACAGUAGGCAAAGUUGCACAAAAAGCAGCGAGGACACGGACGAGUACAUCCGCGAGCUCGGCGAACUUGCGCCCGGCCAGACGCCCCCGGAAGGAUCGCAGACGCACAAGUGCGGAGUGUGUCCGAAGAGCUUCUCCAGUGCCAGGUGAGACGAGUAUCCGCCCCUCUAUUAAAGUACCGUAACCCCGCUCUUUUCAAUUGCCAACAACAGGGGGGGCUCUUCCAUUAGAGCAUGCUCGCGCGCGCGAGCCCCCUCUGUUUGCUCAUCGUUUCCUCUUUUGGAAAAGAGAGGCGCUCAGGUAGAAGAUAGCGGAAAUCGGAUCCUGUGAGCAUGAGAAGGGGGAGGGGGCGUCUUCUUCUUCUUCUUCUUCUUCUUCAAGAUGCACGAGCUCCAAAAGAUUCUCUUUCAUAACCAUCGGAAGAGAGGAAGAGGGGACCUGCUGGCCUAAUUUUCUCAUACCGUAAAACCUAUCCCAAUACUUUUUUUUGCUCAGCAACAGUUCGAACAGUGGCCUAACUUUCUCAUGCUUCAAAACCUAGGCCACUUCCUUUUUUUUGCUCUAAAACAGUUGGGCCAUGAAAGAAUGGGGCUAGUAGACGCGUAGUUCAUUAAAGACAGAAACAAGACGGCCGUGGCCUAACUUUCUCGCUGCUGAAAACAUUUCCGCCACCCAGUCUAGAUAAUGACUCAUUGACACUCACUUUCAGCGCUCCCCACCCCGUCAAAAUAUUACUCACUUCGCUCUGAACGCCUUCAUCCCCCCCUCCACUCCGAUGAUGUUCCUUCCCCCAAAAAAAAACGAAAAGAGUGCGCGCACAGUUUUGAGCGCCACUUCCGGCGCUGAUAAUAUAACAUCAUCUCGAAAAAGUGUCUUAUCUCUUAUCACAACUUCCUCAAAAACACCCCCCGCAAUAAAGUGAUGAGAGUUGGCUUGGGGGAGGAGGAUCAAUUAGUGUAAUAACACGGGAUACUAUGUACAUACACCUGUAACCCCCCAGCAAGAAAGAGAGAGAGAGGGGUCCCGUACAAUUACCACUAUUAUUCAUCCGAAUGUUUCAGCGGACUCAAACAACACUCGCACAUUCACUGCUCGCUGAAGCCGUUCCGCUGCCACUUGUGCACCAAAUCCUACACGCAAUUCUCGAAUUUGUGCAGACAUCGGCGGGUGCACUCGGUAAGCGUUUUUUGCUUUCAGCUGAUAACCGCCCAUGUUCUACGUGCGUGCAAUUGUUCAUUCUUUUCUUUUUUUGGUUAGUUUGUGGACUUGAACAGUUGUUGAACAACAGUUCAGGAAGGACAAUCAAUGCAUAGAGUAGAGUAAUGAGUUUGUGCAGAAAAACGGAAGAAGGGGUGUGGUGAGGUGAGGAAUUAUGAGUUCGAUUCGUUCAGUUCAGUUUCAAAGUUCAUUAUGAGUCACACAUGUCAUUCUGGGUCGACCUAACUGAAAAGUUUGACUCACUUCUCAUGAAUUUGACCUUGUUUUAGCAGAUUGACUCAUUUUUCAAUGAGCUUCACCUUUCUACAGUAAAAUUUUUGAACUGUGACCUCCGUGACCUAGUCCAGACCAAGUAUUGACCUAAUUCCUGGAAGAAUCCGCGUCAUGACCCUGCUUUUUGUGUCAAUUGAUCUAGAUUUGAGUCUAAACCCAGUUUCUAGACACAUUUUCCAUACUAUUUCCAUAUUUUUAGAGGUACCUCACCAGUGGGACCAUUUCCUCAUCCCCCCGGUCCCCGGGGCCCGAACAUGAGACCGGAUAGCGGGGAGGGGGGUCACAUACACACAGUGACACAGUAGUACUACUCAAAGGCUCAUAAAAAUUUAUACGAUGACUCUUUUAGAGCACGGGGGGAGGGGGGAACAUUGUUGUUUGGCUGGUCCCAGAAGGAGGAGCCUUCUCUCCACGCUGGGAACGUCUUAAUUGUUUACCUGGUUGGAGGGGUGUCUGCGAAUAGGCUCCGCCCCUUCUCGAGACGACGGCCAAUGAGCCUCUCGCCGCCUCCUCUUCCCUUCUCCCAUCUUUAGUCAUCUUCUUCCCUCUCUCUUCAACAUUCUUCGGAAAACUGUAACUCAAACUCAACGUUUUCUUAUUAGUCCACUUCUUCUUCUUCUUCUACUUCUUCUUCUUCUUGUUCUUGAACGACACGCCCCCAUCUUCCCGAGAAAGCGUAUAAUAAAUUACAGGAGGGUUGGACGUGCACCACUUGUCACAAUCCGAUGCCAUCGCAGGCGGCGCUGACGAAACACCGACCGGUGUGCGAGAUGACGGCCAUGUACAAACCGCUGAUGGCGCAGCUCGCCGGCCUUCAGAACGGUGGCAACGGCGCGAACGGAGGAGCCGGCGGAGCCCUGCCGCCCAUCGCCUACUGGCCACACUUUCUACAAAUGGCCGUACAGGUGAGGCUAUUGUGUGACGUCUUUGGGUCCCUUCUAGACUUUUCACAUGCUACUCACAUACUCUUGACUCUUUAUCCUCUUUAGAUUAUUGAGAGGAUUUGUGAAAUUGCUUUCCAAUUGCUUCCACUUUGCAACCUGAACCAAGAACUAAACGCAAUUCUUGAACGCCUCUUUAAGAGCCAACUAGUUAGACCCUCUAGCAUCAGCCAACAUUCAUUUUUGUACAUGCACCUCCACUACACAUGGGGCAUCAUAGGGACGUUCCAUGAAAUCGUGAACAAUACUUGCGUCACACCCGACGUUCUAGAACCGCUAAUUAACGUACCCAUUCGCUCCUCCGGAUCAUGUCUCAUUUCCUCUCUCUCUCUCUCUCUCCGAUUCUAUAAUCCUCUUAACUCAAUAUUGUAUGAAUGAUUUGCAGGUGCCUCAAUUCCCGUUGGCCCUUCUCGCCGCCUCGGCCGACACCUACAAACUGAUGUCGUCGCAGAAUUGCGGCUCGCCCGACGGAGAUUGUUCGAGGUUAGGGCGGCAUGGCAAAUGAAUUAUAUAUAUAUAUAUAAAGGAGCUCUAGUACUUCUUGGUGCAUCGGCUCGGGCGGGGGGAAUAAUGGGAGGGUGUAUGAAAAUGUAUAAUUUAUCUGUUCCAUAGACUUUUUCUUUUUUGCAGCGGCCACGCUUCGGAAUCCUCUCCGGUGUCUUCAUCGGCGAACGCGGAGCCCGUGGAUCUGUCGGCCACGCCGAAGCCCCCGUCCACUUCGGAAAUGGAGACGACGUCCAAGUGCGAUGACGUGGAGGACCGCGACUCGAUCGGCGACUCUGGCAACGACGACGACGACGCCGAGGAUUCGGAAGUGCCCGACGAGAUCCAGCCGAGAUCCACCACCACCUCGCACUCGAUCAGCUCGAUUCUCGCGUCGACGAACACGGCGUCGCUGAGCGCACAUGGUGCAACGGCCAUCAACCCGUCGCACCUCAUCGCCGCAAUGUUCGGCCAGUCGGCUCGGCCUUCUACAACCACGCCAACUCGCUCUUCUCAGCCGCAAUGGCCGGCAAGGCCGUGCUUCCAUCGAGUUCGUCGCCGACGUCGAGCGGAAGCGCCAAGGAUCGGUACACGUGCAAGUUUUGUCAGAAGGUGUUCCCGAGGUCGGCCAACUUGACGAGACACUUGAGGACUCACACUGGAGAGCAGCCCUACAAGGUUGGUUUUUUAGGACAUUCUUCGGGAUCUCAGGGAUCUAGAAAAGUUCCGUCAUUUUUUCAGUGCCAAUACUGCGAGCGAAGCUUCUCCAUCUCGUCGAACCUUCAACGUCACGUGCGAAACAUUCACAACAAGGUAAACAUCAAUAUCAAAAAGUCGCUCAUCUUCUAACCGCAAUGCUUUUCCCCUCUACCCCUCUAAUUCGCCCUCCCCCACUCUGUUCUCCUCGUCGUCCCGUUCCCCCAUCCCGUCCACGCAAUCCUUCUUAUCCUUCUUCUUCUCCUCCUCCUCCUCCGCCCACUUCAUCUGCAUCUUCAUCGUCUGCAUCGGCACACCGCCCACCACAUCAACAUCCUCAGCUUCCAGGAGCGUCCGUUUCGGUGCCGAAAGUGUGAGCGCUGCUUCGGUCAGCAGACCAACCUGGACCGUCACCUCAAAAAGCACGAGAUGGGAUGUGGCGGCGGCGGCGGCGGCGGCGGAGGCGGAGUCGCCGAUAUUCCACUCCAGUUUGCCGCACUUUUGAACUUGGUCGCCUCCUAA